AUGUUGAUGUUCUUCUAUAUGACAGUUCCUUCUUUCUGUUUUCAAGAUAUUAAAUAGAUAUCGUUUAAUAUUUUAAAAUAACUUGCUAGGUGCAUUAGAAAUGCAGAUAUCUUAAAACUUUUUUAAGCUGGAUAGUUUCAGUGAAUAUUUUACAAAAUUUGUUUGUUAAAAUAGGCACCCAUGGCUCGGGAAUACGAUCAUUUGUUCAAGCUCCUCAUAAUUGGAGAUAGCGGUGUUGGGAAGUCUUCACUUUUGAUUCGUUUUUCGGAUAACACGUUCUCUGGCAGUUAUAUCACAACUAUAGGAGUGGACUUUAAAAUACGAACCGUACUAGUCAACGGGGAACGUGUGAAGUUGCAAAUUUGGGACACAGCAGGACAAGAACGGUUUAGAACUAUAACCAACACCUAUUACCGGGGAACCCACGGUGUCAUAGUGGUAUACGAUGUGACGAAUGGUGAAUCAUUUGCCAAUGUUAAACGUUGGUUGCAAGAGAUUGAAUCCAACUGUGAUGUUGUCAAUAAAGUAUUAGUUGGUAACAAAAAUGAUGACCCCAAUCGAAAAGUGGUAAUAACUGAGGACGCACAACGUUUUGCUAAUCAAAUGGAUAUUCAGUUAUUCGAAACAUCAGCCAAAGACAACAUUAAUGUAGAGGAGCUGUUUAUAGCAAUCACCGAGCAAGUUUUGAGACAUAAAAAACAAACGCAAAAACAGGUACAAUCAGAUCAAAAUAAUGACACUGUACAUUUACGCAAAGGAGGAAAUAUCAAAAAGAAGAACAAAUGCUGCUAAUAGAAAAUAUAAGAGGGUUAUAUCAGUAUGAGUAUGAUAAACAAAGACAUUAUUUGAAUAAAUGUAAUAUAAUAGUGUG